AUGGACGUAGAUGGCCAGCCAUCCAAGCCUGUGCCAAUGCGCCCUGAAAAGAGAAACACGCUCUUGGCUCUACUCAAAGCCAAUCCAGGGUAUUGGUGGAUUGACGUCAUGUGUGCUCGUGUUGACACUCCGUUGGUAAUUAUGGGUAGCAUUUACCGAUUUUGUGGUACAUGUCAUGUCAUGGUGGAUUGCCCCUCUGAUCUUAUAGCCGACUUGAAAAAAUCACGGUUAACGGACUUCGAUCAUUCACUUACACCGCUCUAUCUCGAUGCCAGUCAACGAAACGGCUACCGCACUGAUGAACGUUUCGAUACGGCUCGUCAAACGCAAUGGAAAGCUUCCAAAUCUCAUCAUAAUCUUAUUAGACUUCACAAUGUCAUCAACAGGUUCCAAGCCGAAUUUAAUUGCAUGCAACAACUUCUCGAUAGCGGGUGGUUUCGCCGCUUGUGGACACUUCAAGAGGUUGCCUUGCCAACGGAAAACGUUCACCUCGUAUCCGAGCAAUGUGGCCCUGACAAUAAUGUGAUUUACUUUGACUACAACGUGGUGGAUCGUGUAUCGCAAAAGAUCUUUUAUGUAUCAUCAAGUACUACAUCAUCCCUCGAACCAGAGACAAUAGACCAGGUGAUUGGCACAUCAGGAGCUCAUCUGCUGUUUAAUAAAGAAACAGCUGGUAGUGAUCAAUAUCGCUACAAGGUUGGCAUUUUUUCCGAUGACCGGACGCCUGCUCAAUAUUAUCUCAAGUGCCUACUUGUUCCCGAUCAUCCUUUGAAAGCUGUCUGCUUACGUGCAGCGUUGUCGGUAUUUGCCAAUAGCUCACGGAAAUGCUAUAUGCCAGAGGAUUAUGUUUAUGGUGUCCUUGGUUUGCUCUCACUGGAUAUCCCCAGGAUGCAGGAUCCACAACGCGUAUGGGAAACUUUUAUCCAAAAGCUUGAAGGUCUGCUCAUAGAAUUGUCAGAAGAUUACUACCAAGGAUUGUCUUAUUUUUCGAUAACCGAAAAGGCCAAAACAUUUCAACUAGCCGAGGCAAAGGAUAUGGCAGAUGUAUACAGCGGUCUUGUGGUGAUGGAACUCAAUAAUUGGAAUGUAAGCAUCUUUGAAAGCAUGAAGAUGUUUCAAAGACAAAGACCUGACAAGGAGUAUCCACCAGAAUAUGUUGUUGGCUAUCUCAAAAGAACCUAUAUACUUAGGCAUCUUCUGCCUAAAGGCUACAAAUCAUCAAAGACCCGAUUUUACAUCUGA